UCUCCAGAAAUGGAGCAGGCGUUUUUGCAGGUCUAUGACAAAAUGGCCAAGGAGUUUGAUGUGAAGUCUUACAAAACGCACCUGAACAUGUUGGACACCGCUGUCUCCUUUUUGCAGGACUACAAAACCGGCUCGUCUACCCCGCACUGCGACUAUGGGAUUGCCCCAGCUGCGGUAGCUGUCAAGGGAGUUUCAGCUUUUCCGGGAGGGGUAGUGUCGCGUCUCUUCGGAUUUGACGUCAGCAAGAUGGUCGCGGAGUUAGCAAGCAAAUCUGGAGCCGCGGGAGCUGCAGGCGGUAUGCCUCAGAUGCUCGCCAUGAAUGGUCUUGCCACCGGUGCUGGCCUGAUUCAGGCUGCAAUGUCCACCGUGCUGCAGAUAGUUCCCCCAAUGGUGCCGCCCCCCGUGUGGAUGAACCAACCGCUUCCCUGCAUGCCAAUGGUUACUGGCCACAACUGUGUCGGCUCCGUGUUGUACCCCAUCACUGCUGCAGACUUUGUCACUGCUGACGUGACUGAUGCCCAGUUGGAUGGCACCAUUGCUUCGUUUCCGGCAUUGUACAAGGACCGUGUUGGCAAAACGGGUGGCGUGGCGUAUUCUCUGUGCUUCAAGACCUACAUGUCUAUG